GAGCGAGAGCGGGCGGGCAGGCGGGAGGCGGGAGGCGGCAGCAAUAGCAGAAGCAGCAACAGAAGGCGUUGGAGCGGGCGUCGGAGCUGCCCGCUGGGAUAGAAAGAGAAAGGAGAGAGAAAGAGAGCGAGCGAGGCAAGGGAGCCCGAGGCGAAAAAGUAACUGUCAAAUGCGCGGCUCCUUUAACCGGCGCGCUCAGUCCGGCUCCGAGAGUCAUGGCGACCGCAGCGUCUAACCACUACAGCCUGCUCACCUCCAGCGCCUCCAUCGUGCACGCCGAGCCGCCGGGCGGCAUGCAGCAGGGCGCGGGGGGCUACCGCGAGGCGCAGAGCCUGGUGCAGGGCGACUACGGCGCUCUGCAGAGCAACGGGCAUCCGCUCAGCCACGCUCACCAGUGGAUCACCGCGCUGUCCCACGGCGGCGGCGGCGGGGGAGGUGGCGGCGGGGGCGGGGGCGGCGGCGGGGGCGGCGGCGACGGCUCCCCGUGGUCCACCAGCCCUCUGGGCCAGCCGGACAUCAAGCCCUCGGUGGUGGUGCAGCAGGGCGGUCGCGGCGACGAGCUGCACGGGCAAGGCGCCCUGCAGCAGCAGCACCAGCAACAGCAGCAACAGCAGCAACAGCAGCAGCAGCAGCAGCAACAGCAGCAGCGGCCGCCGCAUCUGGUGCACCACGCCGCCAACCACCACCCGGGGCCCGGGGCAUGGCGGAGCGCGGCGGCCGCAGCUCACCUCCCGCCCUCCAUGGGAGCGUCCAACGGCGGCUUGCUCUACUCGCAGCCCAGCUUCACCGUGAACGGCAUGCUGGGCGCAGGCGGGCAGCCGGCGGGGCUGCACCACCACGGCCUGCGGGACGCGCACGACGAGCAGCACCACGCCGACCAUCACCCGCACCCGCACUCGCAUCCGCACCAGCAGCCGCCGCCGCCCCCGCCUCCCCCGCAGGGCCCGCCGGGCCACCCCGGCGCGCACCACGACCCGCAUUCAGACGAGGACACGCCGACCUCGGACGAUCUGGAGCAGUUCGCAAAGCAGUUCAAACAGCGGCGUAUCAAACUGGGAUUUACCCAAGCGGACGUGGGGCUGGCUCUGGGCACCCUGUACGGCAACGUGUUCUCGCAGACCACCAUCUGCAGGUUUGAGGCCCUGCAGCUGAGCUUCAAGAACAUGUGCAAGCUGAAGCCUUUGUUGAACAAGUGGUUGGAGGAGGCGGACUCGUCCUCGGGCAGCCCCACGAGCAUAGACAAGAUCGCAGCGCAGGGGCGCAAGCGGAAAAAGAGGACCUCCAUCGAGGUGAGCGUCAAGGGGGCUCUGGAGAGCCAUUUCCUCAAAUGCCCCAAGCCCUCGGCCCAGGAGAUCACCUCCCUCGCGGACAGCUUACAGCUGGAGAAGGAGGUGGUGAGAGUUUGGUUUUGUAACAGGAGACAGAAAGAGAAAAGGAUGACCCCUCCCGGAGGGACUCUGCCGGGCGCCGAGGAUGUGUACGGGGGUAGUAGGGACACGCCACCACACCACGGGGUGCAGACGCCCGUCCAGUGAACUCGAGCGGGGGGAGGGGCAGAGCGCGGGGCUCCCCCUCCCCUUCCGUCCGUGGCCCCUUUCCAGCCCCCCUGUUCCUUCUAACUUCUGAUUGUUCUUUUAUUUUUAAUUAUUUCCCCGUCCCUUAUAAAGAAAAAAAAGUGAUCAAGGAAAGCAACUAAGGCACUGGACUAUCCUUUAAACGGUAGCAGGUGUAAUGAUGUGUUUUGACCUUUACAGGCGAGUACCCAGGCAAUGGAGUGGAAUGUCUCAUAGAGAGAGUGAGGAGUGUAUGAUAGAGAGAGAGAAAGAGAGAUGAUAAGCACUGAGAUAAAUAACUGGCAAAACUAAAUAAAUUACCAAAAAGAAAAAAAAAUCCGUAAACCGUGAUAAACACAAAACGCAGCUUCCUGAUGCUCGGAGUUGGCACAUGCUGCUGUGUUUAUUUAAUGUGGAUCCCCAUCAGCAGAGAGGAAAAAAUACACACAUUCUUUGAUGUAGGCAAAAUUUAACCACAUAAAUUUGCACUGCAAGAAAAUUGGAGUUUACAACAAAUUCAUGAAAAAUGCUUUUUUCUUUCUCCCCACCGUUAACUUUGAAAUUUUUUGUUUUUGUUUUGUUUCGUUUCAUUCAGCGGAGUUGAAGCCAGCUCUUGGCCGCUCUCCUUUCCAAAUGCUCUUGCGUUGUCCCUUUUCUUCCUACUGUUGGUGAACUUUGGUUACCCUUAGACCCCCUCACAUUGGUGUAACGUUUAUUUGUUCAUUUUACCAAAGCAAAACGAUUGGCUUCAUGGAAAAGAAAUAUAUUUCUGCUUUCAAGAAAUGUGCAUGAUCUACCCGCUUUAUCUGAGGCAGGAAUACAGUUGGGAAUAUAUAAAAAUGAGAACCAAGUAUUGGUUAUACUACCAGCCACAAAGUAAACUUCAUUUUCAUGCAGUGUUUUGGGGGGAGGUUAUGCAGGAGAGAAAAAGAAAAAUCAAUAGUGAGUGACUGAUUGCUUCAUUUUAUCAGGCAGGCCCAUUGUGAACCAGCUCAAAGGAAAUGUGGAGGUUAAAUAUAUUUCCAGAGUUGUCCAACAGAAAGUGGCACUUUGAAGAGAACUAGAGAAAUAUAAAUCUUCAGACACUCCUUUAUAGUUCUCUGCCUUCAGUUCUAAUAACUUAAUUAUGAGGAAUUAAGUGCUGACAGCAGCUGUUAAAUUUUGUUCCUCAAAUAGCCUUUAAAAAAAAAAAAAAAACAUAAAGAAAAUAACCCAGAAACUUAAUGGUGUAUGCACAGACUGUGUUUCUUAGGACACAAAUACCCACAUGCAUACAUAGAAUAUCUCCACUGAGUAGACAGGUUUUGUCUUCACUGGCUCAUUUGUUUUUCAAAUCAUAUUUAGAUUCCCACACCCUCUUCUUCCACAAUUUAUUGCAGAAAAUACUAGUAUGACUUGAAUGGCUUUUUUUCUUCCCUCUUUCACUAGGAAGCCAAAUGAAGUGAAAAAAUUGAUAUUUUCAAUCCUUCCUUUUCUCCCCUUUGUUAAUAGUUUUAAGUGUGUUUUUGACCUUAUUUUGAUGGAAAAUGGUUAACUCCCAAAACAAAAGACUACUGGGAAAUCUAGGAGAGAAAAAAACAAAACCUUGUAACUGUAUUGAAAAUAAAUACCAUUAAACUGUGAUCAGUUAAAAAAAAUUUUUUAAAUCAUCAGCACAAAAGGGCACUAGAAGGGAAAACACUUUUUAUUAAUCUUAAAAGUUUGGGGGUUUUAUUUUCUGAUUAGGUAUUUGACAAAUUUUUAUUUUAAAAAAUUAAACUCUCACUACCAUAAAAUUACAGUUCUGCUUCAGAUUAGCGCUGCACUCUGUAGUUAAGGUUUUAGGAAAUACGUUUUAUAUUGUCUUUUCAAACACCUGUGAUUGUUUCAUUUUCAAUGUUUUUGCAAGAUAAAUGGUGACUUAUAAUGGGCAUAUUUAUUUGCCUUUAUUUCAUUUCCCCCAACGAAUGUCACAAGGAGAUGGGCACCGAGCUGCUUGAAGGUGCAUCACGCUGCUUGUUCCUGAAGUGUGGGGAUUGGCCCUUAGUGAAGCAAUCCAGAGCAGGGCAAAUAGCCAAUGGUAAAGGGAGGAAAUGAAUUUUCAGAUACUUAUUACCAAGUGGGUAAGGUCAAAAGCUGGAGUUCAGGGGAUGUGUGUAUAACUCCUCUAACUCUCAUAGGUUUACUAAGAAGAAAGUUACCACUGAACCUUACCACUAUGUAUAUAUGUUUAAUAUCUGUCUUUUGAAAUGCAGAAAUAGUUUAAAUGUUUCUUUGUCUAUUUUUCUUUUUUUUUUUUUUAAUGCUACCCAGGGAAAUAUUUUCAUAUCAUUUUUAAGUGGCCUGCCUCAAUGUAUAUUUAUUUCUUUUAAAGCAAAAAGGUUCUGGAAACUGUUUUUCUGUAGCUUUAAAUAAGUAGGUGAGCAAAAUCUAUAUGGGAUGUAAUUUUUUUUUUGGUUCAGUCUCUUUAAAAAUAAUUUGUUUUGGUACAUUUGGUUGUGCUUGUGGGGAAAAAUAAAAACGCAGAGAUCCUUAUAUAUUUAUGUUAAAGUAAUAUUUUAUUAUCUACAUAAAACAGAAAUGCACAAUACCUUCAUAGUUUGUUCUAAUUAUUGAAAUAUCUUUAUUUUAUUUUUAAAGAUAGUGCCAACUUUUAAAGGGGGAAAAAAACCUAGAUCUUAUACUGACUGAGUUUGAGUUGUGUGUAACGCACUUCCCUUCCUUUAUACUUCAUGAAGUUUUGGAAUAAAUUUUAUGCAUAUACUGCCAGGUUUCAUGUUUAUAACUUUCAGAGCUUUUUAAAAUUGAGACUACUGUUCUGAUUCACUUUUCUUUGCAAAAACUAUCAGCCCCAAAUCUUUCAGUCUUACAUGUGUAGCAGUAAUCGAAAUGGUCAUUGGAUUUGAGCUUCAAUUUGCCAUUUGAUGGUCUGACAAAGGGAUGUUUGUUCACUUUAAAUAUAUGCAAGUAUCUCUGCAUAUUCUUUCCAGAUUAGUUUUAAUUUAUCCAAAUGUGAUUUUUGGGGAGAAGCAUCAAUGGAACUGGUGGGUUUUAAUUUCUAAUUGCAUGUCCUCCCAUAAUUUGGGAUGUACAGAAAGGCAAGGUUUAGUUAAGGGGAUUAUUUUUUUUUAAUAAUGAACAAAUACCUUUCAACAAAAGAAUAACCAUUACAAUAUGCAAUAUGUUUGUUUACCAAGUGGUCAGAAAUAGGUCCUACAUAUUAUUCCUGUUAGGUUUCCAGAAAAGGAUGGAUUGAGCAAUGGUUUAUACAAUACUGUUUAUUUCUCAUCAGACAAAUAGGCUCUAAAACAAGAAAAAAAGGGACGUAUGGGAGAUAGCCAAGCCGUGAUGCUAAUAACAAAUUAUUUCAGGCCCUCUUAGAUGGAACACUACACUUACCAAAAUCAGUUCUAAGGUUAGUGAGAAAUCGAAGCAGUGUUGGAUUCAUUUACAAGUUUGGUGAUAUAUUUAAAGUCUUCCUUGGUACAGUGGCUUAAUAAGUAUAAAGGUCUAUUUUGAAAGGUAUUUUCUGGGCUUAUUACAUCUGAUCAUCUUUUCUAACUCCUAGUCAAUACUACACGGGUCCCAAACAGAUUCGGCCAAAUGAUCUUAUCAAUAGUCUGGAUGAGAAGUGACAGAAAGAAGAAGUGUUUUGUGACCGCAGACAUGCUGAUGGGUAAAAUGUUUAAGCUGGGUAUAGAUUUGAGUUCUGGGUCAAUACCGUCCUCCAUUGUAGGCAGAAAACAAGCAGCAUCUGCCCUCUGCAGGGCAUUUUAGUGGACCUUGUGAAGGCUUUUUUGUUCUUAGCCACAGGGGCUACUGACUGGAAACCAUCACGUGUUAAGCGGACAGACUGUGGUUUGGGAUCCAUGCUUGCCAUUCAGAUCCUAGGGCUACUCAGGCAGUUUCGUUGCCGGUUUGCGGAAACUACUACACACUAAGGUGAAAAACCCCAUCACUGCCACCGCAAAAAAAUUGUGCGGCAGUCUUCUGUAAGAUGUUGGGUAGCCACAAUGACAACCUCUUUCUUUCCCCUAAAGACAAUAAUACAAAAAUAUGGCCACCCUGAAAGAGCCCCCAAAUUUCCUCAAAAUAUAUCCUUUUUAAAUUGAUGGUGUGAGAUGGGGGAGAAAUGGGAAUGUGUAAAAGAGUUAUGUUGAGGUCAGAUGAAGGGAAUGGCCACAAAUAAUAGAAUGCAUGGCACUUUACUUCUAAACACUCUCGUUCCCAUGAAGUAACCCCCUUUAUAUUUCAGAUGGCAGCAACAAAAGCAAUCUUCUCUUCUCCUUCCCCUCCUCCUCCUACCAGACCGCGUACUGGUUGGCAAAUUUUCUCCUGAAAUGGCUCUGAUAAAGGCACUCAUCUUUCUAUCUUUUUUAUUUCUCCAAAAGCAACAUGAAAGAGAUGUAACAGCAACAAUGGAAAAAACUGGCUUUUGGGUGCAUUGGUACCUGUGCAUGUAGGUCUAUGUGUUGUGUUCGUUGCCUUUCAUUUGCCUUGUUUUGAAAGCAGUUUGAGUAGUCCCAGGGAGCUGGGUGAGAGAAAUUAUCUUUUUAUCACUGGUCUCUGUGAUAUGUAUUUGUUGAUUUCUCAUCAAUUCAUAGAACUCUGUUCUAGAUUCUACUGAAUUCUUGGACAUGUCUGUUAAAGAAUGAGGUAAAGAACAACUUAUCCAGAAAAUGAAAGGAUGGUGAAGGGAGGGUCAAAGGUAAAAGUGUUUUCUUGGGUCUGCUUGUAUAUUUCAGUGAGUAAGGCAAAGGGAACUGUGCUUAUUUAAAUUAAAAGAAAAAGAUGCAUCUUGAAGUACCAUGAAGUACUAUGCAUCUUGAAAUACGACUUAAUGGAAUGUACAGCUAAGUUUUAUAUAAAUAGUUUCCCUUUUCAGGAAAGUUUACUUUUUAAACUUUUGAACAGGAAGAAUGAUGAUAGGAGAGAACCAGGGUUCCAGAUACCUAUUCCCACCACUUUAUUCAGGAUGGGAAACAAUACAAAAGUGGCAGGGGCCUGCCACCCAGCUAGCAAAUCAUGGAAUCUACUGACUCACAUUUGCAGAACUCAGGCCAGUGUUAUUUCAAUGCCCCCUUAUCCAUAGGUGGGCUAAGGGAGCACCCCCAAAAAAUGGCUCUUUAGCCUUCUUUAAGGCUUUGCUUGGUUAUAGAGAUAAAAAAGCAACCACAAUAUUUUCACAUUCUGAUGUUUGGUGGGAAGCUAGGAAAUUUCUUCCCUCCUUUAUUUUUUUCAAAAGGUAAUUAAAUUUUUCAUGUAGUACCUUCCCUUUACCCUAAUAACAACUCUGCUUGGCUUAGCUGUUAGAGAUUUUAGAAACAUCAUAAUCCAUCAAAACAACCCUGGCUUCUCUUAUUGUUCCUAGAAUUCUGGUUGUUGAUAACAUUAAGAUGUGUUAGUACUUUUAAAAAAA